AUGUCUGAACGAAAAGUUUUAAACAAAUAUUAUCCGCCAGAUUUUGAUCCAUCAAAAUUACCUCGUGCUAAACGUUCAAAAAAUCAUCAAUUUACUAUUCGUUUAAUGGCUCCAUGUAAUAUGCGAUGUAAAACAUGUGGUGAAUAUAUUUAUAAAGGUAAAAAAUUCAAUGCUCGAAAAGAAGAUGUUAUGGGUGAAACUUAUUUGGGUAUUCAAAUCUAUCGUUUUUAUAUUAAAUGUACGAAAUGUCUACGUGAAAUAACAUUUAGAACUGAUCCAGCUAGUGGUGAUUAUGAAUUAGAACAUGGUGCAUUACGAAAUUUUGAAUCAAUUCGUCUUGCUGAAAAACAAGCAAAAGAAGAAGCGGCAAAAGAAGCUGAAGAAGAAGCUCUAAAUCCUAUGAAAUUAUUAGAAAACCGAACACGUGAUUCUCGACUGGAGAUGGCUACUAUUGAAGCACUUGAAGAUAUUAAAGAAUUAAAUGCACGUCAUGCUGAUAUUAAAAUUGAGCAAAUGUUAGUUCAAAAACGUGAACAAGAAAAACAAUAUGAAGUAUUUAGAAAACAAAUGGAAGAAGAAGAAGAUGAAGCUGAAAUUCGAGAAGCAUUUGGUAAGUCAAUGGCUAUAAUUGAUCAUGAUGACAUCGAAAGUGAAGAAAUUAUUGAAGAAACUGAAGAAAUAGUCCCAUUAACAAUCAAUACUACAAAACCAAAAACAACUAUUUCCUUUGCUCCACCUAUUAAUGCUAAAAAACCACCAACAAAAAGUGCAUUAGGUAUGAUAAUGAAAAAGAAAUCAACGACAAACAAUGGUUCUGCUUCAAAACCUUCCGCUGGUAUCUCUUCAUUGGUUGCUUCGUAUGAUGAUGAUGGUGACGAUAGUUCUUAA